GAUUUGAGUUUGCACUCACGGUCAUUCCGUCGCUGUACUUCGUUCAAGUAGUUUCUAUUUACAGAGUGCCAGUAUUCAUCAUCAAUCGUUUUUUUGAAAGAGUUAUUGAGUCUAAAAUUCCAACAAUAUGGCUCUCGAUUUACAUCGUAAGUAUAUCGAGAAAAGGCAAGACAGUGCACCGUUAGUGCCUAUCAAAGAUAUAAUAAAUUCCAAAUACUACAUGGAUCCUCUGGAGCUUUUGGGUGAGCGGAACUUUAACGAACCUCGAGAAGUUGAUGAGUCUGAAAUCGGAAGUCCAAUACAAGAAUUUUUUCGGGAUGCAGUUGUAUUUUUAACCGGUGGUACUGGUUUUAUGGGCAAAGUUCUAUUGGAGAAACUACUUAGAACAUGUCCUCAUAUUAAACAUAUUUAUUUACUGAUCCGAUCUAAGAAGGGCAAAAACGUCGAUCAACGACUGGAAGAUAUAUUCGAGGACCGACUUUUUAAAAGAUUAAAACAUGAAGUACCUAAGUAUUAUCAUAAGGUUUCUGGAGUAGCCGGUGAUUGCAGUUUACCGGGUCUAGGAUUAAGUGUGAGUAGUCGAAAUACAUUGAUUAACGAAGUGAACAUAAUUUUCCAUGGAGCAGCUACUGUACGUUUUGAUGAACAUAUUCGUAUAGCUAUGAACAUAAAUGUUUCUGGAACAAGAGAAUUACUAAAUUUAGCCAGAAAAAUAACCAACUUAAAGGUUUUGGCGCACGUUUCCACAGCAUAUUCAAACUGUAAUCGAUUGCAUGUCGAAGAAAAAUUUUACGAUCCUAUUGCUGAUUAUGAAGAUAUUUUAAAAUUGAUUUCUUCUAACGACGAUCAAACGCUUCAAAAUAUGACUAAAGAAAUCAUUGGUGAUUUACCAAAUACUUAUGCAUUUACCAAAUCUUUGGCAGAAGACGCCAUUCGAAGAGAAGCACAAGAUCUUCCAAUAUUAGUGUUUCGUCCCACUGUUGUUAUUGCUACUUACCGAGAACCAGUAAGAGGUUGGAUAGAUAAUGUUUACGGACCUACAGGACUCAUAGUUGGAGCUGGUACAGGAGUUCUUCAUACCUACUUGGGCAAUUCUAAUAUGGUUACUGAUAUGAUUCCAGUUGACAUGGUUGUUAAUACACUUAUAUGUGCAACCAAAGAAACCGCAACAAAGAAAAAAGUAAACGAAAUACCGAUUUACACGUGUUCAAGUGCAGGACAAAAACCAAUUAAGUGGAAUGAUUUUAUUGAGAUGAACAGACGUCAUGGAAUUUACUGGCCCACGAUUCGGGCAAUCUGGUACUAUUCAUUCGUGCCCACUAGCAAUCCAUACUUUUAUGCGUUAUUAAACUUUUUAUGCCAUAUAGUACCUGGAUAUAUACUGGAUACAUUAGCUGUCAUUGCUGGACAAAAACCAAUACUGAUGAAAAUUUAUAAAAAGAUUGAUAAAGUACGUGAUAUAUUAGCCUAUUUCUCUGACAAAGAAUGGACCUUCACUAAUGAUCGAGUAAUGGCAUUAUGGAAUAAUCUUGAUAGUCAAGAUCAAGAUAUAUUCAAUUUUGACAUCAAACAAUUAUCCUGGGAAUACUUUAGUCAGGCACAUUGUCUUGGCUUAAGAGUGUACUUGGUUAAAGAUGAUAUCCACACAUUGCCAGCGGCGAGAAAAAAAUGGGAAAAAUUAUACAUUGCGCAUAUAUCUUUAUUAGUAUUUAUAUACGCAUUCUUGCUGUACUGUGCAUGGAUUAUUAUUUACUUCUUUCUCAAAUUGACUGGUUUCGUGUAAAGAAAAUCUAGCAGAUUACAACAUGACUGAUUAUUAUUGGAUUUGUAACCAACAUUUACCUAUUGAAAGUAUUUGUAAUUAUAAGGAUAUGUACCUAAAAGUGUUUUAUGUUGUUUUAGAAGAAGGUAUUUCUCCGAAUGCAAAGUCUAAUUUGUUUACUUUUAUUGUUAGAUAUUUCAACAAGAUUGAGUUCUAUAUACUUGUAUAUUAGUUAUUACUAAUAUUAGGUCGUUUAUCACGCUUAUGGUCUGAUUUGACCUAUUAGUUGUGACAAUAAAAUAUUAUUAGAAUAAUUAACAUACAAAAUCUGUUUUUUAAAAAGUCGCUGAUUCACUUAAAUA